UAGCGCGACUGACGUCAGAUAUAAAAGAUGAAAGACGGCACAGGAUUCGCUUGCAACGCUGUAGUCCGCAGUCGCGAACCAAUGGCAAGAGAAUAGACAUUACCGAGCUUCGGCAGCCUCUUCUUCUCUCACUCGUCACUCGUCACAUGACCCGCACUCCUGCACGAUAAGCCAUAUUUGACAGUGGCACUAGUUUAGCGAAGUGAGUGCGUGAAGAUCGCUCUUCAUCCGACGUUCGCGUUUCGACAACCUGUAAAUACUCGUGAUCGAUUUGACCUACGAGUCUUGAACACAUCACAAUGUCCGACGAAGAUCAUCCUAUUUAUGCGCCCUUCUUUGGAGUAAUGGGCGCUGCCUCAGCCAUUAUAUUUUCUGCUUUAGGAGCAGCAUACGGCACAGCAAAGUCAGGUACAGGAAUUGCAGCCAUGUCUGUUAUGAGGCCAGAACUUAUCAUGAAAUCAAUUAUUCCUGUUGUUAUGGCUGGUAUCAUUGCCAUUUAUGGUCUUGUAGUAGCUGUUCUAAUUGCUGGUGGUCUAGAAGAACCUAAAGGAUAUACUUUAUUCAAGGGUUUUGUACAUCUGGGUGCUGGUUUAGCUGUAGGUUUUUCUGGUUUAGCUGCUGGAUUUGCCAUUGGUAUUGUUGGUGAUGCAGGUGUAAGAGGUACCGCACAACAACCUCGCUUGUUUGUCGGUAUGAUCUUGAUUCUAAUCUUCGCAGAAGUAUUGGGUCUCUAUGGUCUCAUCGUUGCCAUCUACUUGUACACCAAGUAAAACAAUUUUAGUAGCAGGAAUGCAAGACUCGUCGCCUGCAACCAACAACGUUCCCCGACUCUUAAAAUAUUACGACUUGUUUCGAGAUUUUACUUAAACACAUUUUUUCCAUGCAUACUCACAUUGAUUCAUCUAAGCAUCCUUCUGUAAUACUGUAUUCAAGUUGAUAUUAGAAUCCAAGCAUUUAAUAAGUACAUAUUCAUUACAUAAAUGACAUAAUUGUUGAUAAAUAUUGCAAACAAGUAACAAGAGUGCUGAAAAUCUAAUUAAUUGAGUAAAUAUUUUGAAUUGAAAACAAAUAAUUCUCUCUCUCAGUCUUGCAUGAAGAGGAUGUAUGUACAGAAAAGCAACAGGCGACAGGGAGUUAUACUAAAGAAAGACCUUAAAUAUCCCAUGUCGAACAUUUCUCUUUCACUGUAUAGUAAUCAUUUGUAGUGUAGUUUGACAUUGAAUUAUCAAUUAAGAUAAUCGGCUCUACUGAGUGUAUAAAAGAAAAAACUGUUAAUGAUAAAAGAAUAUUUAGCACAAUUAUAUAUAUUAAAUGAGAUUGAAGUGACAGUAUACAGAUUGCAGAUGAACGUCUUUUAUGACAAAAAAAAAAAUGAAAUUGUAAUAUCUGAAUUAGAAAGUGAAAAGAAUACGCAAGAUUGCGCGUAAAAAACAGCAUAAUAUGUGAUGGUUGUACAAACUUUUAUCUUAAACUGAAAAAGAACAUAGACAUUGUACAAUCGAAACUAUAAGACACAAAGUAUAGUAUGUGGAAUGAAGUUUUAGGGAGAAAAAUGAAAUGAAUGUGAGUAGAUAAUGGACAGAUACAUGAUAGUAUUAAGUCAAUUCAGAAGCUGCUGGACGUAUCGGGAAUUUGCACUUAUAGGUAGCAAUGUAUGUAUGAUUUACAAAAUAAUUUUGGGUGACUGCAAAGGCCAGCGGUAAUUUCCCUUUUUCAGCUAAACAUGCUUAUUUCACUUUUCAUUAGAUAUAUAUGCAUAAAUAUAUAUGUUAAUGAAGUGACAAGUAUGUUGAUGCAACACAAAAAAAUAAUUCCAUACGUUCCAGCAGAUGUAUGACUACCUAAGAAAAGGAGUUACGAGAUAAUAAUGGUAAAAAAAAAUAAUUUGUACAUUCCAUAAUAAGUUUGUUCAGUACAGGCGAGCGGGCGCUUAUAAUGGCGCAACAAAUGUAAAUUUUUUGGAUAAAAAAAAAAAAAGAAAAAAUUAAUUACUUUACAUUUCUUUCAGGACGAAGUUUUUAAAUAAAUAUAAUUAUGAAAUUAUUUAAUAUAAUAAAAUUAUUUUGGUAAGUUCAUUGUCAUGGGAGCUGGCAAUGAACUUCUCAUUCAUCAUGGCCUUUUAAUCGGCCAUCUCUCUUUAUAAUAAAUAUGUAUAUCAUCUCAUAGUCGAGGACAAGAAUUCGUUGCGCCCGCUUGUUAAAAUUUUAUUGACUGCGCAGUAUUUUCUAUCUAAAACACAAUAAAGCUCAACGUGUAGGCGCAUUUCCGGGAGAGAAUAAACAUGUAAACACUUAAUGUUUAAAAAUGUUUUAGCUUGCAACUAUAGUGCAUCAAAAAAUGAAAAAUUCUUUUAAAUUUAUCUAAUCGAAAAAAAAAAAGAAACAAGAAAUAGAAUGAGUUUAUGCUUCAAUGUAUCUUUUCAUCGUUUAUAAUCCUCGCUUGAAAAUGCACCUAUAUUAUAUUAAAUUACAUUAUUAAAAAAAGAUUUUCCCAUCAAAUAGUCAUUAGAAAUUGAAUUUUUAACAACGAUAAUAGAAAGAAAUGGAAUAAAAACGGCAUAAUGGAAAUAGAAGAAAAAUUGAAAAUCUUUUGAAAAAUUCGUAACUACAACGUAUAACACAAGUGAAAUACAAAUGCGAGCCGGGGAGCGGUGGUGGUGACUUUCCGCAACGAAGGAAAAAACGAAAAAAGAGAGUUACAGAGAGCAUAAAAAUGAUCUUCACUUCACAUUCGAUAAAAUGCAAAACAGCACAUGAAUAUAUUAUGCCAAUUACCUCUGUUCCUCCUUUUUCCUAUCUUCCUAGAUUCCUAUUUCUCUAGUAGCGAUAAUUUAAAAAAAAAAUCUGCUAUAAUUAUAAACUAUGCCCGUAUAAUGUAUAUAUCACCCGCCAUGCUUUACAGAAUAUAAUUAAAAUUUUUUAGACUAGAUUAGGUUAGGUAUUAUAGGAUACCAAAACCUUUUGUAGUUGUGAGUGAACGUAAAAUCGAUAUGCAAAUAAGCAUGUAUGUGUGCGUUAUGUGUGUAUAGUAAAAAAAGGAAGACCGAUGAAUGCUAGUACGCGUGAAGAAGAAUGAAUGAAAAGCAAAAAAAUAAAAAAAAAA